CGGGGCUCGGGCUGGGCAGCCCUCCGGGCCCCCCGGGGUCCCCGUCGCGCCCGCUGGCCGCCUCGCCGGUCACCAGCCUGGCCAAGAACAUGCACAAGCUCGCGGGGCUCGGCAGAGACACCCCAAGGGGUCAGGCAGGCAGCCUGCUCACGUGCCCGGCCCUGGCCCGUCUUGGGUCCGAGUCCUCCUUGUCAUCUGAGACUUCUGAAUCUUCAGAUGCAGGUCUCUGCAUGGAAUCUCCCAGCCCCCUGGACCCCCAGAUGGCAGAGCAGACGUUUGAACAGGCCAUCCAGGCGGCCAGCAAGGUUAUUCGCAAUGAGAAACUUGCUUUUCGGCGAUUCCAGUCUUUGCCGGGCCGGCUUCUGGGACACAGUCCCGUGCUGCGGAAUGUCACCAACUCCCAAGCGCCCGGCGGCUGGAGGAAGCGAGAGGCCUGCAGCCGUUUGGGGACAGAACAUAGCCCCGGGAAGGACAAAGAGAAUGAUGGGUUUGUCUUCAAGACGCCGGGGACGCCCACCACCCCCAGCCAGGCUCCUGCUCUGGCCAAGUGGAUCAGCCACAAGGAAGCCUUUGCCCAGAGGCCAAGCUCAGCACCCGACCUGAUGUGCCUUACCCCAGAGCGGAAGAUGGAGGUGGAUACACUGAGCCCUCUUGCCCGGAGCCCCUUCUCCUUGACCCCCACCAAGGGGUCCCCCGAGGAGGAUGAUGGAUUCGUGGACCUCUUGGAGAAGGACCUAAAGGAUGACGAUUCGGUCCCCCCAAGCAUGGAGAGCCUCAUUAGCGCCCCACUGGUCAAGACCUCGAAGAAGGAGGAGGAACAGGACUUCAUCAUGUUCAGCAAGUGCCGGCGUCUCUUCCGCUCCCCGUCCCUACCCUGCAGCGUCAUCCGGCCUAUCCUGAAGCGGCUGGAGCGGCCGCAGGACCGGGAGGGCCCAGUGCAGAGCAAGCGCAGGAAGAGCGUCACCCCUCCCGAGGAGGAGGAGGAUGAGGGGGAGCCCGAGGAGCCCAAAGCCCGUGUCCUUCGCUCCAAGUCCUUGUGUCACGACGAGAUCGAGAGUCUCCUGGACAGUGACCACCGAGAACUGAUCGGGGAUUACUCCAAGGCCUUCCUCCUGCAGACUGUCGAUGGGAAACACCAAGACCUGAAAUACAUCUCGCCAGAAAUGAUGGUGGCUCUGCUGACGGGCAAGUUCAGCAACAUUGUGGAGAGGUUCGUGAUUGUGGACUGCAGGUACCCCUAUGAGUACGAAGGCGGACACAUCAAGACGGCUGUGAACCUGCCCCUGGAGAAGGACGCGGAGACCUUCCUCCUGGACAGCCCCAUUACGCCGUGCAGCCUGGAGAAGAGAGUCAUCCUCAUCUUCCACUGUGAAUUCUCCUCGGAGCGGGGGCCACGCAUGUGCCGAUUCAUCAGGGAGCGAGACCGGGCAGCCAACGACUACCCCAACCUUUACUACCCCGAGAUGUACAUCCUCAAAGGCGGCUACAAGGAGUUCUUCCCACAGCACCCGAGCUUCUGUGAGCCCCAGGACUACCGGCCCAUGAACCACGAGGCCUUCAAGGAGGAACUGAGGACCUUCCGCCUUAAGACCCGCAGCUGGGCCGGGGAGCGGAGCCGGCGGGAGCUGUGCAGCCGCCUGCAGGAGCAGUGACGUGCCCGU